UAACAGUUAUCAAUUUCCAUCAAAUGGCAUCAAACGACGGACCUCUUGUCAAGGAGGCUAUUACGUUGCUGGAUAAGUUCAGUGAAGGCAAACAGUGUUUGGAUGACUUCAUAGAAGAUGCUGCAAAACAUCUGCAGAUCAUGGAUGCUCAGCACAAGCAGUUCAUACUUGAUGUUGUCUCCGGAUGCACCGAAUACAAAAAGUUACUGGACGUAGUUGUCAACGUCUUCUACGGCCAGAAUGGGAGAUGGUUAUCCAUAGGUGACCGGAGCCAGUUUGCCAUUAUCUGUUAUCUCACCACUUUCGUCCUCGAUGACAUUGGGCUUCAGCGUUUUAGCAACAUUGUCAAAUCUCUGGACAUAAAGAAGAUGCACACAUUCCUCAACUUCUUCUUCACACACCUCACCUCAUGGAUACAGGAAGAGUGGAAUCAUAUCUACGAUGCUGCCUGUGUGGAGGAACAGUGGAUCGGCCCUCUGCUGAGAUGGCGCCCCCAUAUUGAUACUCUCAUGGACCAGCUUGCUUUGAAAAUGUCCUGUGGGAGUCAGGUCAAGAAAACUCUGAUCAAAAACACGAAGCCCAAAGAGUUCUGUCUCACCAAACCCAAACCUCGACCUCUGAGGAUGCCAGAGCUCAUCCCACAGCAGGGAAAAUGCAAACCGGUACCAAACAGCACGUACAGGGCUCCAAAGGAGAUGCAGAUCAUAAAGGAGAUAAAACAGGAGAACCAUCUGAAGACUACGGAACUGCUGAAUGAGGCAAACAUGAAACAGUUCAGAUGUGGGAAUCCACAGAAGUCUGAACGCACCAGGCGAAAGAUGCUCCAGAUUCAGACAGACUUGGAUUCAAAGCUCCAGUUCAAUUCAUUUCAACCCUCUGAAUCUCCGUCGAGUAAUAAGACCAAAAACUGUCCCGUCAAGCUCAACAGUGCAGCCAUCCUGAGGCAGAGGGCGCUGCGUAACCGUAAGGAGGAGGAAGAGCUGCAAAGGGUGGAUCGUUUAACAGAAGGCGAAGGUGAGGACUCAUCUUUCGUUCAGUGGCAGAAGAAUAUGCGCGAGAUGGACCUUCAUGAGGAGCUGGCCAAGAUUGAGCAGAGGCGACUGGAGGGACACAUCAGUCACAAGGAGGCCGCCAUUGCCCGGAUAAACAUAAUGGAGAGCAACCAGAAGGCCUCUCAGCUGAAGAAAGAAGAGACAGCUCAGCUGAUGAGGGAAUAUGCUGAGAAGAGGUUGCAGGAAGAUCAAGAACUGAGGGACUUGGUGCAACAAGUGGCAGAAGGACACAAGAACUCGAAAAUGGCCAAAGAGAAGUUACAGAAAUUCAAGCAAAGUAUAGUGAGAGAAGUCUCGGAGCAAAGUCAAGCGCUCCUUCGACAAGCACUGGAGGAAGCACAGUCAGAUCUGAGCAGGAAGUUUCAAACCAUCCUUGAAAUCCGCGCCAUUGAGUCACUUCCUCACGUCAGAUUCAAGUCUUUUGACGACACAGAAACUGCAGGACAUGAACUGCUGGAUGAGAUGUCCAUAGUCGAGCUGAGGCUGCGACUGGCCCACCUGAAGGAAUUCAGGCAAACAGAGCAGCAGAAGAAACGUGAGCACAUCCUGGAGGUGACUCACGAAAAGAAGCAGCUGCUGUUGGAGGAGAUGGAGCUCAACAACCUCCACAUGCAAGCAAUGGCACAGGCUGCAGCCUUCAGGAAAGAGAAGGAGAGGAAGGCCAGCCUGGAUCUUCAGCGGAAAGUUGCUCAAGACAAGAGAGUGUUGGCUAUGCAGAAGAAGCUUGAGGAAAAAAAGCAAGAGCAGCGGACGCUAGAGCAAAUCAAGAGCAGCAAGAACAGAACCGCUGAAAAAAACCCAGAGCAGGCAGAGACACGUGACAAAAAAACCAUGACGGCGGAGGAGAUUUGUGAGUCGAUGGUAAAGAAUUUAGAGCAGUUGAUCCAGAGAGCCUUUUAAAUUUCUGACCAGGACGAUUAUCGGGGUAUCGGCUGCCAGGAGAGAAAUACGUGGAAUAGCUGUGUUUCGUCUUUUGUUAUGUUGUUAAUGUGACCCAUUUUGAAUGCAAUAAAAUUUGAUGAACAAUUACCGUCA